AGGCAACCAAGUUUCCGGAAGUGUAACUGGUGCUGAACACGGAAGAGUCAUUUGUUUAGGUUUUAGUUUUGUCAAGACGCUUCGAUUUUUUCCUCUCUAACAGUUGGAUAUUUUGUGUUUCUUUUAAUUAUCAAGAUGCCUUUAUUUGCCAAAAACCCAUUUGACCAAGAUGUUGAAAAGGUAACCAAUGAAACCAACACAGUAGAUGACUGGGGCCUUAUUAUGGACAUAUGUGACAGAAUUGGAACAACACCAAAUGGACCAAAAGACAGCCUGAGAUCUAUCAUGAAAAGAGUCAACCAUAAAGUGCCCCAUGUUGCAAUGCAAGCUCUGAAUUUGUUGGGGGCUUGUGUAGCAAACUGUGGCAAAAUAUUUCACUUGGAAAUCUGCUCCAGAGAGUUCGCCAGUGAAGUCAGAAGUGUCCUAAACAAGGCACAUCCUAAAGUGAGUGAGAAGUUGAAGGCGCUGAUGGUGGAGUGGUCAGAGGAGUUUCAGAAAGACCCACAGCUCAGUCUGAUCUCAGCAACUAUCAAGUCUCUGAAAGAGGAUGGAGUCAGCUUCCCCUCAGCCUCUGCACAGCAGGGGUCCAGUUCAAAGGUCACUGCUCCGGCUGCAGCCAAAACAUCAGAGGAGGACGACCUCGCCAAAGCCAUAGAGCUCUCACUGCAGGAGCAGAAGCAGCAAGCCGAGACACGCCCCCUCGCCAUGACCUCUGACCCCCCGGCCUACAGUGCUGUUGCCGCGGUGACGAAGGAGGCACAGAAAGUUCGGGCGCUUUACGACUUUGAAGCGGCAGAGGACAACGAGCUCACAUUCAAGGCUGGAGAGCUCAUACUGGUUUUAGACGACAGUGACUCAAACUGGUGGAAAGGAGAGAACCACAGGGGAGUCGGACUUUUUCCCUCAAACUUCGUCACGACAAAUCUCAACGCCGAACCAGAACCAGUCCUUUAUGUUGACAAUGCCGGUACUCCUGAACAGACCAGCCUAGAGACCAAAGCUGAGCCAGAACCUGUUUUUAUUGACGAGUUUAAGAUGGACAGAACGCUGGCUCUAUUGCAGAAUGUAGAUCCAGCAGAUCCGAGCCCAGACUCCACAGAGCUGCUACAACUCGAGGGAGCUUGUGCACAGAUGAACCCACUGAUUGAUGAGAAACUACAAGAAAUUGACAGGAAGCACUCUGAGCUGUCUGAGCUGAACGUGAAGGUGCUGGAGUCUUUGGAGCUUUAUAACAAACUGGUGAAUGAGGCACCGUAUUACACUCCAUACUCCAAACUGCACCAGCCACAGUACGCUCCCACGGCAACCGCCAUGUCCAUGCCGUACGUAGGCCCGACCGGAGCUCCGUACAUGACCACAGCGAUGACCCAAGGACACCCCACACAGACCUACUCUCUGCCCAGUGACCAGCCCUCCUCGCUCUGCUCUCUACCUCCCAACGCUCACCCCUCCAGCCAGCCACAGCCGUACAUGAGCAGUGCCAUGAACCCUCAGUACAUGACCCAGGCCCCAUACGCCCCUCAGAACAUGGACAUGUCAAACUACCACCACAACCCCCAAAUGCCCCCCGUGUCCUACCCCAUGGCCCCUCCUCCUCUACAGACCCCCCCACAGCAACAACAAGCAGCCUACUACCAACAACCCUUGCUCUAAAACCUGUUCUGUCUGUUUCUAUGUGUGGUGAGUGUAAGAGUACAGUUAUGGCCCUUAAUGAUAUUUGAGACAGUUGUAAUGCGAUCAAGAGUGGAUAUUGUGUGCAUGUUUUUGGACAAUCGCACAGAAGGACAUUUUUCAUUCGCUCAAUGCUGGUUUUCUAUAAAUAUCUUGAUGAAAAAGUAGCCACUAGGGGCGUCAAAUUCAUUCUACAACAGCGCAAUGACAAGAAAUACAUAUAGUUUGCAUAUGAUUGUCUAAUUUGUUUUGCAAAUGGCUGAAAUGGCUCUCUGGUGUGAUAAUAGAGGAACAGUCUGUCAAUAUAAAUUCAGUUGUUCCAAUACGUUUACCUAUAAGUUAAAGCGUACCUUAGUUUCAAUACAUUGGGGUGCUGCUCCAGUUUUAGUCUAGGGCAAAAUGAUAACUGAUGCUAGCAGGCCUCAGUGGUCAGACGUCACAACAAAAAUAGAACUUUGUUUUAUAUUUCUUUUACUUGCUGAAUUACCAUGACAACAGUUCAUUAUUUAAGAUUGUAUAGCUGUUAUAAAUAAUCCAGGAUUUAGGAUUACAUGUUAUUUUACCAUCUCUAUUGCCUGCGAUAGGCUUCUGUUUCACAUUGACAUAGUUUGAUUUAAAGUAAACUUAAAGGUGCAAGUUUUGUUUCUGGUGAGGGGUCUACCAUCUGCUUGACUCAUUGGAGAUGUUAUUGCUUGGUGUGGAAUGUUUCACAAUGUAGCAUUAAAUGUAUCUUGCAUUUAUUCAAAACUGGUGUUUUUACUAUAGAACAUUACUUUGGAAAUGACAGGCAUUCUUAAUGUGAGCAGGGUCAUCACUCCACAGAUCUGACCUGUAAAUUGGCUUAGAGCUGUCACCUGCCUGUCUUCAUCAAGAUAGGCACAAGUGGCAGACCCCCCCCCCCCCCCCCCCACCAGAAAAGUUACCACCUUUCAAAAACUGAGACUGUAACUGGACAAAAUUGUAGUAUAUAGUAUGCUCCAAAUAAGGAGAAAUGAGAGAGAAAUUAGUUUUAUGGAACAAAUAGAAUGUAUAGAUGGUAUCAAUAAAAAUCUACACAAUUCAUCACCCUGAGCCAAUUCAUUUUAAAUACAAUACAAUGUAAAACUUCUGACAAGGUUCAUUGGUGGAGGCAAGUAAAUAGAUUUGGCUUUUAAAGAAUGAAGUGCUCAGUCACCAAUUUUUCCAAAGGUUAUGUACUAUGUCAACUCACAGAAACUGUAAUUGAAAAUAAAUACAUCUUUGUUACAUCCACAACUCAUAACCCACAUUUUAGCCCCAGUAUUUCUGUCCCAAUUUACCUUCACUAAUCUUGUUUUAUGUCUAACAUAUUCUCAUUGAUGCUGCUACAGUUCUUUAUAAUUUUCAUGUUUAUUUUAGUCCUGUUAAAACUGAAUAAAAAACACUUUUGGUCAAGAUGAAAGGCAACUUGGGUUUUAGUAUAUCUAUGGCCAUUUUCUUUUUCAGCAUAGAUCACUACUCUAGAACACUCUAUAAUAAAAGUGCACUAUGCAACUUUUCUUACAACGGGUUUCACACCUGCUUAUCUCCAUGGAGAUAUUAUUGCUUUUCCUGGAAUAUUGUUAUGUUAAACUUGUACAUCUUGCAUUAAUUCAAUUACAGUUUUUUUUAUUGCUCAAAAACAUUCUUACUGUAAGCCGAGGUUGCCUACUUAUUUUUAUUAUACAUGCCAUACUUCAGAAUAUUCUAGACAAAGCAAUGACAUCUCCAUGGAGACAAGCAGGUGGCUGACCCUCCACCAGGAAAGUUCCAUAGUGCAUCUUUAAUAUGCUUCAUUGGUUGUAUGUAUUGUAGCUCUGAGCUGCUUUUCUAUUGGACUUUUGUCAUUUUGUCAUAAAAUGUAAAAAUAUCUUAACAACUUCACGCUGCUUUUCCAGUUGCUACACUCAAAAUCUCGAAUUUAACAGUAACUCUUUCUAUUCAUUUAUAUUAUAGGGAGGGACAUUUUUGAGACUUCUUGCCCCAGGCCCCCAAAUAUUUAUCGAUGGGCCUGGUUGUGUGUAUGUUUGACUGAGUUGGGUUUUAUACAUGUACAUUGGGAAUCUAUCUAUUUCUAGUCUUGUGUAAUAGAGGCUGAUUAUGCAAAGAUUAGUAAUGAGUUUCCUCUAAUAUAAUUUUGUUUUUUAUUUUUCCACAUCAGUCUGCUAAAAAUGUAAAAAUGUCAAGCAACUUCCCCUUUAAAUCUAUGUACCUAUUCAUUCAUUUGCCUUCUGUUUGAAUUAUUUAUGGCAAAUAUAUGUGUAUGUUGUUAGCUUGUGGGUUUAUGUCUAAGAUGCAGUUGUAAAAAGCUAUGGUGAUAUGAAGAAUGGGCGGUGACAUGCUGCUUGCUGGGUUGCUGUCCUUAUUUGGAUUGUACAGUAUUUUGUAAAUGGGGGUCUAUUAAAUAUUAAGAUAUGCAUGUUAUUCUAUGGAUAAAAGUGUUUGGCGUAGCAGACAGGAGCAAAUGUAGCGGGUUUGUGUUGCAUGCAUCUAUGGAAACCUAACUGCUUAAAAUCCUAAUCUGUUGUGGUUUAGGGGUAGAAAUUUCCAGUCAUUUUUUCUUCUAUAUAUAGCUGGUUUUAUUGGUUGCCAUUUACUCAUAAAUCAUUAUUCACUUUAGUUGUUCAAUAUUCUGGGCUACAGUUUCAUCUUUACAUUUAUUUCAAUUAUUUAUAUUAGAGCUGUGAUUUUCACCUGGUGGGAUAUGGCCCCAAAACAAUAUUAUUAAUGAUAUUAGCAUAUGUUUUAAUAUAUGAAGUUGUUUUCUAUUUCCCAUAAUAAGUAAUAAUAUAGCCAUGUACAAAAUAUCUAUUGGGGACCAUCAGAAUCACUUGUUUUCUGUAUAUUUGUAUUUAUGAUUUAGCAUCUCUGUUUUUGCAUCUGUCUGCUUCUCCAAAUGACAGUAUACAUGUCUGUAAUAGUCUAAACUACAGGGACCCAUUGGAAGUUGCAAAGGACAAUAUAUUGUCUAAAUAACUGCAGCCUGACCUAUACGCUUAUCUGAUUGUCUUUGUUCUAAUUUAGAUUGGCUCGUCUACCAAAAAUCACUUGCAAUUGAAUAACUUUGUAUCUUUGUGACCCAAUUUACAAAAUGCUAAACUAUUACUUCUAGCCUUUUCCCAUUGUUUAUGUUUAAUCCAUACCUGUCAGUCUGUAUAUUAUAUGUAAAUUUCAUGACAUUUUGCACCUUAGCUUUGUGAACUUAUCUACCACUGGAUGCCUUCUUGUUCUUCUGUAGAAAUCGGACUUUACUUUGGACAGAUGCUUCGUUCAUAAAUGUAUAAAUCUGUAUAUUUAAAGUAUGCUAGAGUAAAAAACAUCUGGGAUUUUAAAACUUUAUGCUUUUGUAAUGGCAUAGAAUAAUAAUUUGAAAUAAAAAAUGUACAAGAGUG